UCUCAUUUCCGUCUUAUUUCAAUCUUUCAAAAUUUUAUCGAAACUUCAAUAAUAAGUACUAUAAUCAUGAAGGUUUGGACAAUUUAAAACGUAUAUAAUGGAAGAGGAAAAAACCUAGAUGAAUGAAUAUGUGCUAGAAGGGCUAGGUUUUAUCAGAAAUGUUUGAAGCUCAUUUUGGAACUUGAUGUCAAAAAUCGUAAGAAAAAUCAUGGGCAAUUCGGAAAGUACACCAGAUCAUAGGCAUGAUAUGCGGGCAAACAGCAUGCCGAUUCGUCUUCCAUUGCCAGAAUCAGAAGAGUUGGAGCGACGCUUUACAAAAGUUCUCCAUUCCAUGGAUCUCCCUCCUGACAAAGCUAAAGUCUUGAAGAACUAUGAUGAUGAGAAAAAGUGGGACUUGAUAUGUGACCAGGAGCGAGUUUCCGCAAAAGAGCCUCCUAGUUUUUACCUGAACAAACUCAGGGUUUACUUUGACCCUAAAUCCAGUAAAACAUCUACGGGGGUACAUCGGAGUGGUUGGUCACCCAAGCCAUCUUUUACACGCAGCACCAGCUUCCGCCAAAGUUUAAGGGGCAAUUUUCAGAGGAGGAAGCAGAUGGGAGAUGCAACCUCCACGCAGGUGCUACGAGAUCUUGAGAUCUCGCUCAGGACUAAUCAUAUUGAAUGGGUACGGGAGUUUCUAAAUGAAGAGAACCAAGGCCUGGAUGUCUUAGUAGAGUACUUGUCUUAUACACAAGUCUUAAUGAGACGUGCAAUGUUGUUAGAGGAGCGUAGUGGUAGUGCCGACCAUGCUGCAGGGAAUGGUGCAAAAUAUAACACUUUCCCCAACUCAGACUCCAGUAUCAUAUCUCAUUCUGGUUCUCUGAGGAAAUCGCCCUCUAAAUCUAACACUCUACAAUCCAGAGGUGCCAGCCGGAGCGUCAAGUACAGCGUUAAUGAGGCUAGAAAUGACGUCCAUCUUUGUAUUAUGUGCCUUAGAGCAAUCAUGAACCACCAGUAUGGGUUCAACUUAAUUAUAGAAAACAAGAGAACAAUUAACUGUAUAGCACUUAGUUUAAACCACAAAAAUAUGAGGACCAAAGCAUUAGUAUUAGAACUUUUAGCAGCAGUUUGCCUUGUGAGUGGGGGACAUGAGAUUAUCCUUGGAGCCUUUGACAACUUUAAGGAUGUCUGUCAGGAAACACACAGAUUCGAGACCAUGAUGGAAUAUUUUAAACACUAUGAGGAAUUCCACAUAGAUUUUAUGGUGGCAUGUAUGCAGUUCAUCAACAUAGUUGUCCACUCAGUGGAGGACAUGAAUUUCAGAGUUCACCUACAACAUGAGUUCUCACUAAUAGGACUUGAUGAAUACCUUGAGAAACUGAAGUACACCGAAAGUGAUCGAUUGGCUGUCCAAGUGCAUGCAUAUGUAGAUAACAUGAUUGAUGUUGCCACCUUAUUAGAAGACUCCGACACCAAGAAUGCGGCACUGGAACACGUGGCGGAAUUAGAAGAAGCUCUCUCACAUGCAAAUGAUCAGAUGGCAGAGUUAGAAGAUGAAACUAUGGCCAAGAUAGUUGAACUUGAACAGCAAUUGACAGAAAAGAUAGAAGAAGCAAGUAAACUAUCUGAAUUGACAGAGCUGCAACAAGAGGAAAUGAAUACUUUACGUAAGACGAUUACGGAGAAAGAUGAAGAAACCCUCAAGAGAGAUCAAGUGCUUCAACAGAAGAUGUCAGAGUUAGAUACAUUACGCAAAAAUGGAGUUGCCCCAUCUGCUGGCGGCGCCCCACCACCUCCACCCCCUGCUGCUGCUCCCCCACCCCCUCCACCACCAAUGAUGGCACCACCACCACCCCCUCCAAUGCCAGGCAAGGGACCCCCAGGACCACCCCCUCCACCAGGUGCUAUGAUACCUGGAAUGCCAGCAAUGACAAUAAAGCGCAAGAUCCAAACAAAGCAUCGACUGCCACUCCUCAACUGGAUGGCAAUGAAGCCACAACAAGUCAAGGGUACUGUCUUCUCAGAUCUAGAUGAUGAAAAACUAUAUGAUGUAAUAAAUUUCGAUGAAUUUGAGAAUAAGUUCAAGAUCGGUAGCCUCAGUUUGGAUACAACAGACUCCAGCACAACGCCAUCUAUCAGGAAGAAGAAAGUGGAACUGGUAUCUAUGCUGGAUCACACUAGACUACAAAACGUUGCAAUAACUAGGCGGAAGAUAGAAUUAUCUGAUGAUGCUAUCUUGAGAGCUAUUAACAGUAUUGACCUACAAUCCCUCACUCUGGAUAUGGUAGAGAUCCUACUGAGGCUAGUGCCAAAUGAGAAGGAGGUAAAAGAGUUGAAAAAAUAUGAGAAGGAAAAGAAACCAAUAGAACGUUUGACUGAGGAAGAUAGAUUUAUGUUAAAGCUUGUCAAGACUGAGAGACUUUCCCAAAAAUUGAACAUCAUGAGCUAUAUUGGAAACUUCUUCGACACAGUCCACUCCUUGACGCCUCAAGUCAACGCCAUUAUUGCCGCAUCAAUGUCCAUAAAGAACUCAAAGAAAGUUCGAAAAAUGCUUGAGAUAAUCCUUGCAUUUGGUAAUUACAUGAACAGUAACAAGAGGGGUGCAGUGUAUGGCUUUAAACUACAGAGCUUGGAUAUGCUGCUUGACACAAAGAGUAAUGACAAGAAGAUGACCCUCUUACAUUUUAUUGUACUCACAGUGAAAGAAAAGUUUCCAGAUAUUAUGAACUUUGACAGUGAACUACGCUACAUAGAAAAAGCUUCAGUUGUGUCUUUAGAGAACAUUGUGGCAGACACCAGUGAGCUAGACAAAGGGAUGGAGAUGACCAAGAGAGAGUAUGAGGCCAGGAAACACUCAAAAGACUGUCCUCCUGUACUACUAGAGUUUAUCUCUAAUGCUGAGGAAAAAUUGAUUAAACUCAAGACAGACUCAAAAACAGCCCAGGAAGCCUAUGGUAAAGUAGUUGAAUUCUUUGGAGAGAGCUCCCGUACAUUGGCACCUACAACUUUCUUUCCUCUCUUUGUCAGAUAUGUAAAGGCAUUUAAGCAAGCAACAUUGGAGAAUGAGAUGAGGCGCAAGCUUGAACUUGCUGAAUUGGAACCUCCUAAAGAAACCAAGAAGAAAGGAGAUAAGAAGAAACAACAGGCUGCUGUUGUAUCUGAACUGAAAAAUAAACAAAAUGCCAUCAAGGAGAAGAGAAUUCUUAAACAAGAUGAAGUUUACCAUGGGGCCUUGGAGGACAUACUUCUAGAUUUGAAGAAUGAGCCAUACAGGAGAGCAGAUGGUGUUAGGAGAAGCCAGUCGAAGAGACUAGCAAACAAAGAACUUCAGUUAAAUAAAGUCAGACAGAGAGAAGAAAUAUAUUAAUCCAAACCCAUACAAAUUGUAAAUAUGCUGAAUAUGUGAUGUUUAAACCACAAGUCAGUGUGUAUCAAUUCAACUCAUUUCAUAGCUUUAAUACACACUGGCUACCACUGUAAAUAUGAAAUGUCAACUUCUGGGACUACAAAAACAUGCUGGAAAUGAAACACAAGAUUCAUAAUGUUAAUUCAAUGGAAAUAUUUGAAAAACUAUAACAUAAUUAAAUAAGAGACUUAUUUACUUACAAGCCUUUUGGAAAUGGAAAUAUUGGCCUACACUCAAUAUUGUGAAAAUGUCUGGUAAUGCUUACUCUUAAUGUCAGAAGAUCCAUAGCAAUGGUGGCAUCACCAAAUAUGGAUUUUGUGAUCAGAAAUCUGCAUAAACUUAAUUGCCAAGAAGUCGAAAUACUUUGUAUUGCCACAACCCACAAGAUGAUCUAUAUUUGACUGAAACAGCUGAACAUUUGAUAUAUUGAACAUGCAUAAUUGGGUACAUAUCUGAUACAGAGCCUUGUACCGCAUUAAUGUAGUCUGGCAGUUAGAUGUUGCUUCACUUCAUUUUUGUUUUUUACAAUGGUUCGUCUGAAAAUUGCCAAAACAUUUGUUGCAAUCAUUUAUUAGAUGGUAGAACUUGAAAAUUAUCUACAAUACAUGUAAGUCCAUUAGUUAGUUAUUUCAAAACACAAAAUUCAAACACAAAAUUCCUCUCCAGCAGGAAUUUAACCUGCAAGCCUUCUACAAGCAUAACCUUCUACAACCAAUUGAAAAUGUGUUCAUACUAUAGUUAAGCUUUGCACUUUGCAGUAGGGCAGUAAAACUCUACAAUAUGAUAGUCCAAAUCUACAACAUAUGAGUAAAACUACAAAAGCCA